GGCGUACAUCUUGGCUGCUUUGGACUCUCCCGUCAUUUACUUUUGACCUUUGCUAUUCCUGACCACCCUCCAGGCUGUAACACUGAAUCACUCUCUUGCCGGGCUAUAAUUCACACCCUCUUACAUCCAUCUGAGCACCGCUUCAUGAGAUUCUCAAUUCUUGCGUUGCUCGCACUCGCGCUCCGCGGCACCCUCGCUCAAGGCGGCACUCACGAAACCGCGGGCCACCAGAACGAACAAAAGUUCUUGGACAAAGACUUGUCUCUUCCCAGCUUGUUACGACAGCCGGACGGAGUUCCUCCGGCAAACUGGGUCUUUACCGGCUCCGCUACGGUCCAUGAGGGACGCGUGUUGUUAAACGACCCGAAGGCGUCCGUUGCUGAUAAGGCUGGUAUCUGGUCGGAGAAGCCGUUGAACCACGACGCCUGGACCGUCGAAGUGACGUUCCGGUCGCUUUCGGAAUCCACGGCCGUCACCCCCGCAACAGAUGGGUUCUCGCUCUGGCUCAUCGACGAUAAGGUGAACAACGACGAAACCUUGAACGGUGGUCCGUCGCAGUUUGACGGGUUGCGCUUGGCCGUGCACCACAACUCGCCAGAGCUCCAGCAGGGGCUCACGGCGCACUUUGGCGACGGCUCCAAAACGGUCCAGCCGCACUUCCACCAGUGCCAGUUCCCGUACCAGGACCAGGUCGGCGCGCCGUUCACGCUCCGCGUGUCGUACUCCGGUGCUGAGCAGAACUGGUUCAAAAUCCAGAUCAACAACAAGCUCUGUUUGGCAACCACGCAGAAGAUUAAAUUACCUAAGGGCUUGCACCUCGGGGCGUCCGCAUCGCAGAGCAAGCACAAGGAGAACUUUGAAAUCUUAAAGAUGGAGGUAUUCAGUGCGGUUAUUGAGGCUGCUAAGGAUGAUCACGGCGUUGUGGAUCACAACUUGAACGCCCCGAAGGUGGUUAAGAAGAUUGUUCAGAAAACUGUCACGAUGGAUGAGACCCUCCCUACCGGGGCUGCGUCUCAGGGCUCUGACUUGCUCAAGUUGAAUGACAUCAUGUCGCAGUUGAACAAGAUCCAGUCUGUGGUGGACACCAAGCCUGGCUCGGACUACACCGAUGUAUUGCAGCAGUUGGCGCGGUCGGUGGUGCAGUUGCAGAUCGACUUGGAGCUGUUAAAAAAGAGCGUGGAGACAUCCCGAGAGCUAGUGCUCGCGGAAAUCACCAAGAUGCUGAGCCUUGUCUCUCUUCAGCACGCAGAGUUGUCGAGCUUGCACCUUAAAUUGGACACCUUGCUGAAGUCGCAGACCGUAUUAAGUGAGUCGAUUUCCACACCGGUGACAGAAAACGGCGGCGUGGAUAUGUUGGACUAUGCGGUGCAAACCUUGAAGUGGUUCGCGAUUGCGAUCGUGGUGUUGUUUGUGGUGUUGGGUGUGAUGAUCUGGCGGUUGAAGAAGGAUAUCGUCCACGGAAAGUUAUUAUAAGCAGGGGGGUGUAAUAGAAAAUUGCACCUGUGUAAGUGUAUCUG